AUCCUAUUCACAAUUUAUACGCCAUUUACCAAGCUUGUAGACAGACUUGCAAUGUGAACAGCUUUUAUAAACACUCGAACGACUUCACCACCAGUGCAGUGUAAACAGCUUAAAAUAUUGAUAGCCAUUUUGGAAACAAUUUGAAGAUCGAUUUCACAAUGUCAAAGCGAUUUAGAAACAACUUCAGAAUGUUAGAGGUGUACGGGACGCUUGGAAGCUCAAACGUUUUCAAGAACAUUAAAAUUCCAGAGGUUUUCAGUGUUGAGGGCACCUUGGCGGCAAAACUGAUAACUAUACUGACUAUACACUGCACUACGUCCUCAGCUCUCUCACAAGAUGCCAAGAACACCUGAAUAGGCAGACAUAGGGUCGCAGUCUCGACAGUCUUCGGUUUGAGCGGAAACUGCUCACCGAGAAGGAGCACAGCGAGUGCAUGGUUCGCUCGGCCAAGCCGAAGCAACACCGCCUCUCGAUGCCAACGUCGCAAGUUCAGCACCUAGCGGCCGCUAUGCAGCCGACUUUGAGGAGCUUCGGCUGUUGGGCAAAGGUGGCUUUGGUACUGUGACCAAGGCCAGACAUCGCGUGGAUCGUCAGCUCUACGCCAUCAAGCGCAUGGAGCUACGAGGCUCCGCCCAAGAGCGUGAGCGCUUGCUCCAAGAGUGUGCGCUGCUCCCGAGGCUCACUCACAUGCACAUCGUGCGCUACUACCAGGCUUGGAUUGAGACGGAGCAGAAGGAGCAGAAAGAAACUGUGCGUGCCAUAGGCGCUCCCAAAGCUCGUGGAGUCAAGAAGCGCGUGAGGACUGUGAAGGCUGCUGUCCCCGCAGAACGAGAUGAUUGGCUUUCACAUCCAGGAACGGCCUGGGCCAGGGGUGCUUCACCUCCACCAGGUUCUACUUUAAUGAUGGAAACUCUGUACAUUCAGAUGGAGUUUUGCGACGGAACGACGCUGCGAGAGGCCAUCAUCAGUGGAGAGCUGCAGAAGGAUGAGGCAUUGAUUUGGAAAUUGUUUCGCCAGGUUCUUGACGCUUUGGCAUACGUUCACUCGAAGGACCUUAUCCACCGAGAUGUGAAACCGCCGAACAUUUUUUUGUCGAAGGCGGAGGGCGGCCAUGCGAAGUUGGGCGACUUUGGACUUUCCACGGAGCUAGCCAACUUGGCGCAUGCUGAGACGAGCGCGCAAGUGCAACCCAGCACGCGCAGUCAAAAUCGACAACACCAAUCCACUGGAGUUGUCGUGACACUUGCAUUGUGCUUUCAUUAUGUUGGUACUGCCUUCUACAUGGCGCCCGAAGUCAGAAGCACCCACAGUUCUCAAGAUAUGCUUAGUGUCUCGGCUCCACAACAAUCUUAUAUAGAGUGA